CCCUCCCUCCUAUCCCCUCUGCUUCCGCCUCCGAUCCCAGCCCUGCCCUGCCGUGCCCGCCCCUGCACCCCUCACCCUCCCGCCUGCGUUCCAUUCCCCGCCACCAGCCGCAGUCGUCUUCGGGCUGAGCCCGACCCCGACUCCUCCCAAGAUAAGUGAAGUAGCACUGAUAACUCAGGCAGCAUUGAUAGAAACUCAUUUGGUGGAUGUGAUUAUUUUACAUGCCAUUUGAGUCCUGCCUGAGAUGGCUGUUGGAGUGACCUCUCAGCUAUUCCAACAAGUGACUGCUUCCAACAGAUUCUGCCAGACCAACAAAUUCAGGAACCCAGAGAUGCGAAGUUCUCUCGCAUCCACUUCAUUGUAUACGGUCCGUAAUGGGCAAGAUUGCUGGGGCCAUAACAUAUUGGAUAGGAACUACAGGCCCAUGCUCUAUGGGCCUUCUAGAUAUAGAGCCUUGGGUGUUAGAUCUUUUGCAUUGCCAGUUUCUUUACAGGAAAUACCUUUGGUGAAGAGCACAUCAGUAGCAUUGACUAGGUCAUGUGACACUUUGCUGGCAAAUCCGGCUACUGCACUUGUGGUUCCUGCAAUUGGAAUAAUUGUCUUUGCUCUAUGGGGGUUCUUGCCUCUAAUGAGGGACAUUAGAAAUCGUUUUGAUCAUGGAGGCAACUGGAAGAAAAGCCCUACAUACUUAAUUUCUAGCUCGUACCUUCAACCGUUACUUCUAUGGACAGGCGCAACACUUAUCUGCAGGGCUUUGGAUCCAGUUGUGUUGCCUUCAGCAGCAAGCCAAGCUGUUAAAACACGCCUUGUAACUUUUGUGAGAUCAUUGUCAACUGUCCUGGCCAUUGCCUACAUUCUGACGAGUUUAAUUCAGCAGUUACAGAAAUUUCUAGUGGACAUGCGUAACCCCAACGAUUCAAGAAAUAUGGGAUUUGACUUCACAUUGAAAGCUGUUUACACUGGUAUUUGGAUUGCUGCUAUCUCUCUCUUUAUGGAGUUGUUGGGUUUCAAUACCCAGAAGUGGAUUACUGCUGGAGGUUUUGGGACUGUAUUGCUUACUCUUGCUGGUCGUGAGAUUUUUACAAACUUCCUCUCAAGUGUUAUGAUCAAUGCCACACGUCCAUUCGUAGUGAAUGAAUGGAUCAAUACAAAGAUAGAUGGUGUUGAAGUCUCUGGUAUUGUUGAGCAUGUUGGCUGGUGGUCUCCAACAAUCAUUAGAGGUGAUGAUAGAGAAGCUAUAUACAUUCCUAACCAUAAGUUCACAGUUUCUAUUUUGAGAAAUAACACUCAGAGGACCCAUUGGCGUAUUAAGACAUACCUGGCUUUAAGCCACAUGGAUGCUGCAAAAGUUGGUAUAAUUGUUGCGGACAUGAGAAAAGUUUUGGCAAAGAAUCCCAAUAUAGAGCAACAGAGGCUGCAUAGGAGAGUAUUUUUUGAGAAAAUUGAUCCAAAAACCCAAGCUCUUAUGAUUUACAUAUCAUGCUUUGUGAAGACAUCUCGUUUUGAGGAGUAUCUCAAUGUCCAGGAAGCUGUUAUGUUGGAUCUUCUUAGAAUUGUUGGCCAUCAUAAGGCAAGGCUUGCUACCCAGAUUCGAACAGUUCAGAAAUCUUAUGGAAACGCAGACAUAGAUAACAUUCCUUUCGGAGAGGAGAUGUAUAGUCGUGUACGUGGUCGCCCACUCUUGAUUGAUACCUCUGCAAGGAUUAGUGAUGACAAGUCUAAGCCUCAUCCAGCAUCCCGUGAAGAGCAUAAAGUCAAGACAGUUGCUUCUACAGAGACUAAGCCAGCUUCACCUGAUAAUGCUAGUAUAAGCAACAACUCGGAGAAGCAGGAACAGAAAAAAUCAGUAGCAGAAGAUGGUCACGUGAAGAAUAGCAAGAAUGAUCAGGUGACUACUUCUCCAUGGUCAGAAAAUAUGGAUAAUGUUGCAUCAACUUCCAAGACUGGUAAAGGAAAGACUCAAGGACCUGAAGCCACAGAACGAGGAGAUGGCUCUGUCUCUGUCGCUAAUUCAAAGAAAGAAACGAGACCCGUCUUUGAAGACAACAUUGUUCUGGGUUUAGCUCUUGAUGGCUCCAAGAGGACAUUACCAAUUGAUGACGGAACGAACCCUCAUCUAUCACUUUCUGAAACAGAGCAGGACACAGUCGAGGCUGCUUCAUCACCCAAGGAUAAGAAAGUCCAAGAAAAAGCUGACCAGAGGAAUCCUUGAAAGGUGAUCUAAGUUUAAACCGAUUCUUUAUGGAAGAUUAGUCAGCAAGCCUACUUUUUUUCUGCGCUUGUGCAAAUGCAAUCAGUCAUAUGAUUUUAUGUUAGGUAUUGAUCGUCGCCGAUACUAUUCAGGAGACGAACCUUCUCAAAUGUACCUCAGAGCAAUUGCUGCUAGGCCUGUAAAAAUUACAAGGAUUCCUCUCUGUUUUA